AUGAAUAGUCAAUAGAUUGUUGAGUAAUUUGAAAAUAAAGUUUAAGAAUGUCUUUAAGGAGUUUAAUAAUAAUUAGAUGUAAGUUAUUAUAGAUAAUGAUUAGACCUCUUUCAAGAGAAUUGAUGAUUUUCUUGAUUAACUUGUUGUUGUUCCUUAUCCAGCUAUUCCUCACAACACUGUUAAAUUUGUACCACCAAUUACUUAAAUAUCUUUACCAUCAAUACAAACAUUAACUAAUUAAUUAAUUCAUGAAGUCAAACCUAUAAUCAAUUUAAUUAUUCAUAAACAAAUUAAAAACAAUCAAACUUAACAUCAAUAAUAACAAAUACAAAAAUAGAAUAUAUAAUAACAUUAAUUAAAUAUAAACCCAUUCACUUAUAAUUUAUUAUAGAAUAAUUCAAUUAAAUAGAAUGAAUCAUGUUAUGCAAUAGCUAUUAAUAAAGAUAAUUCAAUUGUAUUAGUUGGUUGUUAUUCGUAAAUCAAAGUAUUUGAAUUCAAAUAAGAAUAAUUGAAACAAACUCAAUUAUUAAGUGAACAUUCGAGUAAUAUUAUAACUUUAAAUUUCAUUAAGAAAUAAAAUCAAUUUAUAUCUGGUGAUAGUGGUGGAUAGAUUAUACUAUGGUCUAUGAAUGAAAAUAGUUAAUGGAUAUCCUAAUAGAAAUUAAAAGAACAUUCUAAUUAUAUUAAUUGUUUAAUAUUGAACAAUAAUGAAGAUGUUAUGAUAACAGGAAGU